AUGUCAGUACUAAGACAUAGCCUCGUUAUGUAUAAAACUUAUGUUUCACUGGAGAAGAUGAAUAAAAGUGAAAUAAUCACAUUGUUUAUUGAACGUCAAAAAAAUUUAUUUCAUCAUAUUUAUAAUGUAACUCAUAAAUAUAUUGAUGAGACAAAUUUUGAAUUAUUAGUCUCAGAUUUUUAUAUUCAAUAUAAACAUUUAAUUUAUCCAUUUUUGUUAAUUAGUUUAAUAUUUAUUCUCUUAUUCAUAUUAUGGAAAUAUUCGAAUAGAUUUUUAUCCUAUUUAAAAAAACAAAUUACUAAUUUAAAUCGUAUUCGUAAUAAUCGUAAUAAUUAUAAAUUAACAAAUAAUAUUUAUUCAACAAAUGUAACAAAUGAUCUUUUUACAUGGUUGAUAAAUUCAGAAAUUUUAAAACAUCGUUUACAAUAUGAAUUACUUGAAUCAUUAAAAAAUAGUACAUUUAAUUUAGAAACAACAUCGCCAACUGAUAGUAGAUAUACACAGCAACGGUUUACAGUUGAAGCAUUACAAUUUUCAAAUACAAAAGUAACAAAUGUUUCUACGGAAGAACCAUUGUUAUCAAAAGAAAAGAUUACGAUUAAAGCUUCGCUUGAAGUAGAAGAACUUAUCCUUAAUGUAUUGAGUAAAGAUCGUCAAUAUACGCUUGAAUCACCAAAGUUAACCGGUCAGCUUAGUCUUGUUCUCGUUGUUCGUUCUCGUCAAUAUUCAAUAGAUGCUAUAUUAAAACAAUUACAAACAAAUUUAAAACUUGUCGAUCCAAAUAAUAAUUAUACAUCAAAUGAAAAAAAAUUAAUUGAAAGUGCAAUUGAAAAUUGUAUUCAUGAAGCACGUGCACGAUAUACAUUUCAAAUAUCGGAUCACAAUGUUGUAACUAUAUCAUCACCUACAUUAUCAUUGUCAGAUAGAGAUAAGUCUCAUUCAACAUCUUCUCCAUUAAAUAAUUCAAAUGAUCUAGUAUCUACAAAAUUAACAACAACAAAUAUUCCUGAAAUACAAACAAAAAUUUUUAAUGAUAAUAGAUUUGAUAAUGUGCCAAAAACAACUGUCAAAGAUUUUAAUUACAAUUAUGAUACACAGAAUACAACUCCACAAAAACACCAACAAAAUAAUAAUUUAUUACAAAAAAAAUUACUUGUACGAAUUGUAAAAGGCACUAAUUUACAUGAUGCUGAUCAACCGUAUUGUACAUUGGAAUUAAAUAAUCCACAUCAAAUACAUAAAACAUCGAUUGGAAAAGCACCAAAUCCAUUUUGGGAUGAAAAAUUUUUCUUUGAAUGUAAUGAACAAAGUAAUGAAAUCAGAAUACGAAUUAUUGAUCAAAAAGGAAAAAAAUUAUCCUAUGAACGUCUCUAUGCUGAUAUCUCAAUACCAUUUCAUUAUGUAACAAGUACAGUUUAUAAACAAGAUGUUAUAAUCAAUCCAAAUCAUCCGGAUAGUAUCAUUCGAAUCGAAGUAAGAUAA